UGUUGUUAUCCAUCUCAGAAAUAUUCAAUAGUAUACUUUUGAAACAAAAAAAAAUAUUUUUGUCAAACACUUUCAAUAAUAAAUCAAAAAAAAUAUUUUGAACUGUGGAAAUGUUCUUCUUGGGCAAAUAAUUUUGCUGUUCUCAGCGAUUUUAAUCGUUGACCCGAAUCUUGAUUUGUGGAUUAGCAGAGCGUCAUUAUUUAUUUUUUAAUGCCAUACUCAAUAGGUGGCCUGGAUUUCGAUGAAAUGUGGCAUGAUUUAGAAACAGGUAUAAAGCAAAUUUAUGCUAAAAACAUUUCCAAACCUGAAUAUGUACGCUUGUAUACUUUAGUGUACAAUUUCUGCACAAGUCGUUCCGACGGAACUACUAUGUCUAGCAAUGAUUAUCUCCACCAGAAAUUGUGUAGUUUUCUUAGAAAAUAUCUAAAAAGUGUGCAUGAAAGAUGUGCGGAUUUAAUCGAAGAACCCUUGUUAAUGCACUAUAUGCAGUUAUGGGAAGAUUAUCGUUUUUCGAGUAAAGUUUUGGGUAAUGUUUGUGCAUACCUCAAUCGUCAUUGGGUUCGUCGCGAGCGCGAAAAGAGUAGAAUAGACGUUCUAGAAGUGUAUCACCUUUCUCUUAUUUCUUGGAAAGAAUAUUUAUUAACCCCCAUGAAAUCCAGGAUGUCUGCUGCUGUGCUUAAACUAAUAGAACGAGAAAGGAAUGGAGAAACUGUCAAUACUAGGUUGAUAAGUGUCGCCUUGAAUUCCUACAUUGAGAUGGGUAUCAACCGUGUAGACCCUGAUCCUGCUCAGUAUAACUUAUAUUUGUAUAAAGAUGCAUUCGAAACUGCCUUUUUAUCCGAAACUGAAGUGUUUUAUGCGACAGAAAGUGCUUCCAUAAUUCGGAAAAACCCGGUGUCAGAAUUCAUGAAAAAAACUGAAAUCUGGUUCCAAGAAGAAAAAAAGAGAGCCCAGCUCUAUUUACACGAAUCCACUUUAGACGCACUUGUAAAAAUAUUAGAAAAUGUGGUUCUUUGCAAAUACUUGGAGAUGUUCCAUGCCGAAUUCAAGAACCUUUUAGAUUACAAUAAAAUUGAUGAUCUGAAACGCAUGUUCAGUUUGCUUUCCCGUCUUCCUGCAGGCCUGGACGAUUUGAAACUGCAGUUUGAAGCAUAUGUCAUGCAACAAGGACUAUUGGCUGUGGAGAAAUACAAUGAAUCUGACGUAAGUGAUCCUAAACUUUACGUUCAUUCAAUAUUAGACAUUCAUCAGAGGUACAAUGCGGUCGUGAUUGCAGCGUUCGACAGUGAUGCCGGUUUCGCCACCGCCCUGGAUAAAGCGUGUGGGAAAUUCAUCAACAAAAAUUCAGUCACAGAAUCCAGUGGUUCUACUAGCAAAUCUGCCGAGCUCCUAGCAAAAUAUUGUGAUUUAUUGUUGAAAAAGAAGCCAAGUGAUGCAGAGGAAAUGGAAUUGGUCGAUAAUUUGAAUCAGGUGAUGAUAAUAUUUAAGUAUGUCGAAGAGAAAGAUAUUUUUCAAAGUUUUUACAGUAAAAUGCUUGCAAAAAGACUCGUGCAGCAAAUGAAUUCCUCCGGGAACGACGAUGCAGAGAUCAUCAUGAUUUCCAAGCUGCGGGAAGCCUGCGGUUUUGAAUACACUGCGAAAUUGCAGCGGAUGUUUCAGGACGUGUGUGUCAGUCGGGAUCUGAAUGAACAAUUCCGCAAAGGUUCCAGCACCCUUGAUCUGGAUUUUAGCAUCAGCGUCAUCAGCUCGUCAUCUUGGCCCUUUCAACAGUCCAUAACAUUUUCACUUCCGCAGGAGUUGGAGCAAAGUGUUCAGCAGUUCACUAAUUUCUACUGUGCACAUUACAGUGGACGAAAACUCCAUUGGCUGCAUGGAAUGUCCCGGGGCGAAUUAAGUGCCAGGUGCUUCGACAAACCUUAUACGUUCCAAGCGUCCACAUUUCAGAUGGCUGUCCUCUUGCAGUUCAACACCUGCGACAGGUUGUCAGUGUCUCAGUUGGAGGAGAGCACAGGAAUAAAAACUGAAAUUUUAAUGCAAAUUCUUCAGGCUCUGGUCAAGUUAAAACUUUUAAAAGUUCCUGACAUUAAAAGUGUUAAUCAGUUCUCUCAGGUGUCUCUGUGUCUUGGGUAUCGAAAUAAAAAGUUAAAAGUUAGCAUAAAUGUACCAAUUAAGUCGGAAAUAAAAUCGGAGCAGGAAACCGUUCAACGGCACGUGGAGGAAGAUAGGAAGUUGCUGAUACAAGCCGCUAUCGUGAGGAUUGCCAAGACUAGAAAAGUCGUGAAACAUCAUCUUUUGUUGACGGAAGUUCUCAGCCAACUCUCUCAUCGUUUCAAGCCAAAAGUAUCCAUAAUCAAACAGUGCAUUGAUAUUUUGAUUGAAAAGGAGUAUUUGAAAAGGGAAGAUAAAGAUUCUUAUUGUUAUGUUGCUUGAUUCAUCAUGUUUUGUAACAAAGAUUGAAGUGUAUUAUGAGAGGUCACAGUGUAUUUAAAUUUUGAAGGUUAUUGUAAAAAAUGAACAUACUAUAAAAUAUCUUUACCAUUCCUGUCAUCUUUCAGUUCUCACUGUCUACAUGUCAUGUAGUUUAUCCAUUGAGGUUCGUGGUUACUAUGCAGCGUUGAACGUAAAUUAUUUAUUUGAACGAGUUUUAAGGCAUUCACAUUUUAAGUUGAUCAAAACUUAAGAUUUUAUCUACAAUAUUUUUAAAUUAUGUUCAAAGUCCAUUUUACCUAAAAUAUAAAAAAUUUAUGUUCAUGUAAUUGUGUCUUAUUUUCAUGACAUUUCAAUUUUGUACUGCUUGUGAG